CUUCACCUCUCUUUCUUUCCCUCCACCUGCAUCCAUCCGCUCUCCCUCGACUCCCCUUCCCGCCUUGCUGUCGUCGCUCUUUUUUUUUUCCCUCCUUCGCUUUCCUUCUCUUCGCCUCUGCUUUCAUUCCCUUCUUGACACUGCUGCUUCACAUUCGUUGACUCUCUUUGUGUAUCGUCUGCUGCCAGCCCUCACCAACCUGGUCCUGACGUGUUAAUCCAUUCCUUCGUCGCUCCUGCCUUUUACCCCCUCGACCCAUCCUUACCCAUCCACCACCCUCCUCUCUCGUCCGGCCUCUUCGGACCCGGACCCCACCCACAUCCACCGUGGCCACGCUUUCAGCCAACCCGCGGGACAGCAUGACGCUGCCACCGCACAUGCUGGGCAUGCAAAACAAUGACCCCAUCCCUUCCCUGGGCCACCAUCGCUUCUCCCAAUCUUUCGCCGCCAGAUCUCCCCUGAGCAAUGAUAAUGCUGGGUCCAACUUUGCCCCUUCGCACGCCCCUAAAUCCUCCUUCAGCGGCUACGCCGAGAAACAGCCCUCGAGAGGCAACAACAUACAACCCAUCAAUACCACCAGACAAAUGCCACCCAACCCCUAUAAUGUUGAUCUGCAUUCGCCCCAGGCUGGUGUCGACAUGAGCUUUACCCCAUUGCUUCCUUCCGGCCUUCUCAUGGGUAGCCCCUUCCAGCCCGGCUCUCCCACCACCUUCCAGCCCUCCCAAUUCCAGUCCUUCUCCUCCUUUGCACCUCACCCUUCUGCCGCGCGCAACAACCACCCCAACUACUUCCAACAACCCGCUGCACUCUCCCCGAAUCUCUACCAAAGCCUCGCUUCUCCCACUGCAUACAGCCCCCCGACGUAUUUCGGAGGGCUCGCCUCUCCCACUGCAACCGCGUUCAGCCCCAUGGGUCCCGGCAACAUGGGCGGCUACGGUGCUCCCAUGCAGAUGGCUCCUGCCUAUGCUACGGGGACGAGUCGCACCGUCUACUUGGGCAACAUUCCUGCCGAUACCAGCGCGGAGGAAUUGCUCGGCCACGUUCGAAGCGGCCCCAUCGAGUCUGUCCGCAUUCUGAGCGACAAGAACUGCGCCUUCAUCUCGUUUCUGGACGGCAGCUCGGCCACUCACUUUCACUCCGAUGCCAUCUUGAAGAAGCUCUCCAUCAAAGGCCAGGAUAUCAAGAUUGGCUGGGGCAAGCCAUCUUCCGUGCCGACGUCUGUCGCCCUUGCCGUCCAGCAAUCCGGCGCAUCGCGUAAUGUUUAUCUCGGCAACCUCCCGGAAGAUAUGACCGAGGAUGAGCUGCGCGAGGACCUGAGCAAAUUUGGCCAGAUUGACACCGUCAAGCUGGUUCGAGAAAAGGCCAUUGGCUUUGUGCACUUUUUGUCGAUUGGGAACGCGGUCAAGGCUGUGUCGCAGCUUCCUCAGGAUCCGAAAUGGCAACCGCCGCGUCGAGUCUACUACGGCAAAGAUCGAUGCGCCUAUGUGUCCAAGACUCAGCAGCAGAAUGCCGCGCAGUAUCUCGGCAUCGCUCCGGGCUAUGCGCAUGUUUUGAACGGUGCUGAUCGUGAUCUCAUCACCAACGCUCUUGCGCAGCAAUCCGUUGCCGCGGCCGCUGUGGCGACAACAGCUGGUGGCGUGAAUAACUUGGGCAACAGAACUGUCUACUUGGGCAACAUCCAUCCCGAGACCACCAUCGAGGAGAUUUGCAACGUGGUCCGCGGCGGCCUGUUGCAUCAUAUUCGCUACAUUCCGGAUAAGCACAUUUGCUUCGUCACCUUUAUCGAUCCCACGUCCGCCGCUUCCUUUUAUGCACUGAGCAAUUUGCAGGGCUUGAUGAUCCACAACCGCCGUCUCAAGAUUGGCUGGGGCAAGCAUUCCGGCGGCUUGCCACCUGCCAUCGCUCUUGCCGUGUCUGGAGGCGCGUCGCGAAACGUGUACAUCGGUAAUCUCGACGAAGCUUGGACAGAGGAGCGGCUGAGGCAGGAUUUCCAGGAGUAUGGCGAAAUCGAGCUGGUCAAUACUCUGCGAGAGAAGAGUUGCGCGUUUGUCAACUUCACCAAUAUUGCCAAUGCCAUCAAGGCCAUCGAGGCCGUGCGAGGCAAGGAAGAGUACAAACGGUUCAAGGUCAACUUUGGCAAGGACAGAUGUGGGAACCCCCCGAGGCAAGUCCUCAGCCAGCAGCAAUUUCAACAGCAACAGCAGCAGCAGCAAGGUCAGCAGGGACAAGACAACAGCGUGUCGUCGCCGUCGCCCACCGCUCUGCAGCAGAGCCGGGCACAGAGCUCAAUCUCUCCCGCCAGCUCCGGCGCAGCGAACGGAUCGUACAACCCCCUCAACGGGCCGACCGCCUCUACUUUCCUCAACCAUGGCAACAACAACCCUCUCACACUCUACCUCGCCGCCUCGCAUCAAAACGCGCAACAAGCAGCCGCCGACCAGCGCCAACAACAGCAAGAUGACUUUGCCUCGCAGUCCUACGGCGCCGAGCGCGUAAAUCACCACCCCUCCACCUUCUACAACUCCGCCAACGCCCAGCAGCGCCCCACCAACCUCGACCCCUCCCCCCAUCACCCCAUCACCCACGCAACCCACCAAAGCAUGCACCUCACCAACGGCCUCGGCGCCUCCACCUCCCCCGGCGCAGCCUACAACCCCUACGACCGCCCCAGCGCCGCCUCCGAAUCGCAGCACUCCAAAGCCGCGAACCUGCACAGCCGCACCGUCUCGCUGCCCGCUUUCUCGCUGCAGGCUCAUCACCCGCAGCAGCAGCAGCCGACAGGCGCGCUGAGCGGGUUGGGCUCCGGGAUUGGCGGGUUCGGCGGCGCGGGGGCGUUUGGGCUGGGCGUGUCGAGUGAGGGGUCGGGCAUGCCUUUGCCCGGGUGGGCCGAGGAGGAGGUGGUGUGAAUUUUGUCUGCUCUCCUUUCUUUCGGUGUGCAUAUUCUUACCACCCACUAAUUAAUUCCUUCUUGUUUAUUCUUUUUUGAAUUGGGUAUCUGGGAGGAAGAGUUAUCAUCAGACUAAUACCCUCUUGCAUUGUUCGUUGACGUUGUGGUUUCUUUUCUAUCGUUGAGGGACUGUUGGAUUACGGGGAAAAGAACAUGGCGUCUUGCUUGCUUACUUGUUGAUUCGAGAUUUGCGCCACGGGUUGCGCACGCGAGAGAAGCAGUUUCCCUUCGGAGGAGGGACUUUGAGGGGUGAAAGGGGGUGAAUCGGAUUGUACUGUUAGUGUAGUGUAGAUCUCAUCAGUGUUGAGAGAGACGAGCGAGGACUCGGCUGUCAAAUC